ACAACAAAAAAAAAAUGAGAUCUUUCAUGGUUUUCUUGUUUCUCUUCUCAGUUCUUUUGAAUUCAAGUCUUUAUGAUGCACGGGAAGGCCCCAAAGAAUAUUGGAGAAGUGUAAUGAAAGAUGAGCCUAUGCCGAAGACGAUUCAAGAUGCUCUAAGCCAAGAUUCAACUAAGUCAAAUAAUGAAGUUAAUACCAAAGAUCAAUCCGUUGGCGGCUUAGAUACACAACCUAAUCACAAGAUGUUCCAGAAAGACUUUGAUACAAAACCAAAUGUAAUGAAUUACUUUAUUCCUAAACCACCAAUGUCAAACUAACUAUAAUAAAAGCAAAUAAAAUUUAGGUUAUUUC